GGGAGGGAGGGAGUGUGGGGUGACACAUCCAUAACCCGGGACUGAACCCAACCGUACCAGACGCCGGACCCCCACCAGGGCCACCACCAGCGGCAGGGAGCUGAGGACAAGUGGAGCAUCUCUGCCCUGUCUGAGACCAACUAAUUAAGCACAGACUGGGAUCAACUAAACAGACUUUUACUCAUGAAAAUGGCAGAUGGAGUAGAUGGCCUUAUAGGUAUCCCAUUCCCUGAUCACAGUAGUGAUCUUCUCGGCAGUCUUAAUGAACAGAGGAACUUUGGCUAUCUGUGUGAUGCCAUUAUCAUAGUGGAUGGCCAAGAAUUCAGGACACAUCGAUCUGUCCUUGCAGCCUCCAGCCAGUACUUCAAAAAGCUCUUCACAUCAGGGGCCUUUGUGGACCAACAGAAUAUUUAUGAAAUAGACUUCGUCACAGCAGAAGCUCUCUCAGCACUAUUGGAGUUUGCCUACACAGCAACUCUGACUAUAAGCACUUCGAAUGUAAAUGAGAUAUUAAAUGCCGCGAGACUACUGGAGAUCCAGUGUGUGAGCGAAGUCUGCCACGACCUCCUGGCAUCAAAUGCUCUGUCCAGUAAAGAGCUGGCGGAUUAUGUAGAUCAAAUUGAUCCCAAAAACCUCCACCGAGCAAAAGAAUAUCUUGAGUACUUCCAAAGCAGCCCCGCCAAUGGACACAUGGUGGGCCAAUGGACAGAACUUGAACUGGAAGAGAUUCAAAGACUGCACUACAAGAAUGGAGUCAGUGAGAGUCUGGCACAGAAAGAAGAAGGGAUGGUGUAUCCAGACACCAUGUUGAACGACCAGCCCAAAGAAAACAGCGGCAGCACCAGGGACAAGCCUGUUUAUUGGCUUGAGAGGGAACCGGUGAUGGAUCCUUCGUGUUCUCCUUCGCAGAAUGGAGACUACAGUGGCUUCCAGGAUGAAGAGGGGCUCUUGGACCAUCCAGAACUCCUCGACCACCAAGAGCUCGGCAUGCAUUCACAUUUUACUCCAAGUGACAUCAAACAGGAGAUGAACCUGGAAGAAGAUGAAGCCCUCUCCUCCAGGGCUUUCCUCGAGCAAAUCAUUAACUCAGUAGACGCCUCGCACGGCAAAGUCAAAGACGAAAACGAUCUCGAAAGUUACUUUAGUUUUUUCAGCCCCUCGCACGAGGGCGAGGUUUACCCAUCUUGGUCCAAAAAGAGCGAGAAGAAAGUGAGGGCGAAGGCAUUCCAGAAGUGCCCCAUCUGUGGGAAGGUGAUUCAGGGAGCAGGGAAACUGCCACGCCAUAUCCGGACUCACACAGGAGAGAAACCAUACGAAUGUAACAUUUGUGCAGUCCGAUUCACAAGACAGGACAAAUUAAAAGUUCACAUGAGGAAGCACACAGGGGAGAAGCCCUACACGUGUCUGGAGUGCGGAGCCGCCUUCGCCCACAACUACGACCUGAAGAAUCACAUGCGCGUUCACACCGGUCUACGCCCUUACCAGUGUGACAGCUGUUUCAAGACCUUUGUCCGCUCGGACCAUCUUCACAGGCACCUUAAAAAGGACGGCUGCAACGGCACCCCCUCCACAAGGGGACGUAAGCCUCGGGUGAGGGACAUCGCUAUGUCAGUGUCUGGAACCUCAAGCGACCCUGGUUGCAGAGAGGCCGACACGGAAGGGGCGAUUGACGCAAGCAUGGAGCUGGAAGACAAUGGCAACCCAAAGCACUUUGAAGAUCCAUCCCAAGAAGAUUGUUUCAAGAUUUUGGAGAACGACGAGCCUGAAAGGCUGAAUGUAGAUGAGGAUUUGAUCAAUGUUAGCAAACAGGAGCUGUGCAAAAGCUAAACCAAAUCAUGGAAAAGUGUGGGUGGGGGGGGCAGGG